UGUANUAUUUUAAUUUAUAAAAGGGGGUAACAUUAUAUAUAUAAAAAAGAGACCUUAUGGAUUAAAAAACUAAAGUAGAAGUACAUUAAUAAAAUAAUAAAGCAGGCUGAUCAAUGUGAUCACUAACAUAAAUAUUUUAAAUAGAGUUUGCCCUUACAAUUAAGUUAAAUUAUCAACAUUAGAUUAAACUAACCUCGUUAAGAAGAACGUAGAUAUCAUUCAGAAACACUUAAAUAAGUAUUAUAUUUAAAGAAAAGUUAUUUAGUAAGCUAAAGCUUUUGACAUAAAUAAAUGGUAAGAAAUGGUGGAUAAAGAUGAAUUAUAUUAAAUGUCAUUGACAGGACAUUUGAUCAAAGCAAUACAAUUAUAAGAUGGGAAUGCCACAUUAAAUAAUCUAAUAAAUGUUACAGAACCAUAUCUACCAUUUUUAAGAAAGUAGAAUGGAAAAAAUUUUACAGGAAUGGCUACAAGAACUGUGAAAGGAUGUUUGUCAGCAGUUGUUUUUAAAAGAAAUGAUGAAUCAACUUGGUCAGUAGAUGAUACUAAAGUAGAAGAAUUUAUUAGUUAAGCUAAUAAGAAGCUAUUUUAAUUCUUCGAGAAACUAAAGAAAAACUUUCCAAUUUAUGAUAAUAUCAAAUCAGAUAGUAAUGGUAGAAAAACAAAAAAAAGAAUUAAAAUAGAAUAGAGAAGAGAUGAUGAUUAAUUCAAUGAUAGAUUUUAACCUUACUAUAAUUAAAAAUUAGAUCCUCAAGAUAAUAUUAAAAUUGAAAAUCAUUAUUAGAAUUUUGAUUAAAAUGCUAAUUUGAAAAUAAAUUCAGAGUGGCAUUAUUCAAUAAGUGACAAUAUUUUUAAAAGUUUAUAUUGUUUAAGAUAAGGAGAAAAGAUAGAUGAUCAAUUUUUAGGCAACUUGAUAGGAUUCUACAAUAUUAAACAUAUCUUAGAUAGAAUGUCAGAAUGUUAAAGAUAUAUUGAUUGA